CCUUAUACAUAUCGUCAGCCUCAACACCGUCACCUUUCCUCCCUUACCGGAAUGGACCCAAUAUCUAAUAAAGCCGAGCAGCUCCGGGACAAGAUCGCGCAGGCUGAAAGAGAACUACAGGAUCUGCGAAGGCAACUGGCUGAGCUCGAGUCGUCAACUCGUGAUGCGAAUACAGAGCAGGGGUUCGACUCAGUAGCGGACCCUAACCAAUCUGCUGGAACGCCACUCGAUUGGAAAUGGCCUCUGAAAGAGGAGGAGUAUUCCCGUUAUGGUCGUCAGCUUAUUCUGCCUACGGUCGGUAUUAAAGGCCAACUAAAUCUCAAGUCCAGUGCCGUAUUAAUAGUCGGCGCUGGAGGCCUAGGAUGUCCAGCUGCUGCAUACUUAGCUGGCGCGGGAGUCGGCACGCUUGGAGUCGUCGAUGGAGACACCGUCGAAAUCUCAAACCUGCAUCGCCAGAUCGCACAUAGCACUUCGAGGGUUGGUAUGACGAAGGUGGACAGCUUAGUCGAGUACUGCCAUGGGCUCAAUCCGGAAGUGACGUACAUCCCCCAUCGGGAACAUCUCACACCCCAGAAUGCUGAGAGCAUCGUUUCCAAGUACGACUUGGUUCUCGACUGCACAGAUCACCCGACAUCCAGGUACCUAAUAUCUGACAUCUGUGUCUUGCUGCGGAAGACGCUUGUCUCUGCGUCUGCUCUACGGACAGACGGACAGCUGAUCGUCUUAAAUAACCCACCAGCAGCUCAAGGGGCCACAGAUGGCGGCCCAUGCUACCGCUGUGUCUUUCCUAAGCCACCUCCCGCCGACAGUGUAGUUAGCUGCGGCGAAGGUGGUAUUCUAGGGCCAAUCGUAGGUGUGAUGGGUGUAUUACAAGCUCUCGAAGCUAUCAAACUGAUUGCUGCCGGAAUUGGGAAAGAAGCAAGUUCGAUAUCGAAAGAGCCGGCCAACCCAAGUCUACUUCUGUUCUCGGCUACUUCUGCUACGCCAUUCCGAUCUAUUAGGAUGAGGAGCCGAAGACCCAACUGUUUUGCUUGUUCUUCUGACUCGGCCUUGACUCUGAAAGAACUUAAAUCUGGGUCGUUAGAUUACGUCCAGUUCUGUGGGGUGACUUCGCCAGUCAAUGUAUUGAAGCCCGAAGAAAGAAUCACUGUUACAGAGUACAACGAUAUUUUAGCAAAACAGCCUGAUAAGAAACAUUUGCUACUGGAUGUCCGAGAACGGGAACAUUUUAAUAUUGGCAGCAUACCAGGCGCGAUAAAUGUGCCAUUCUCAUCGUUGCAAUCACGUAAUAAGUCGACAACCAACAACGAUAGUUCAAGGCCAGAAUAUAUCCCAGAAUCACUCCCAGCCGAUGCGCCCAUAUAUGUCGUCUGUCGGGUAGGAAACGACUCACAGUUAGUAACCCAGAGAUUAAAGGAGAUGGGCUUAGAUAGGGAUGGAGCACGCUUCGUGGGCGACAUCAAAGGAGGCAUGCUUGCCUGGAAACACGAAGUCGACAAGACAAUGCCUUUCACAUAAUCUGGUAUGCCCCACGAUGAAUAUAACA